AAACAGAAAAAAAAACUUCUCAAAUGCUAGUUUACAAACAGAAAAAUAAACACUUUAAGCAUGAAAUUGUCUUGAAAAGUACUCUCAUAAUAUCAUAAGCUUAGUAAAUUUUAGAAACUUGUUCUAAUAUUAAGUUGGAAUUUUAAAAAUUUAACUAAAUGUUAUUCCAAACCUCAUUACUCAAUAGUGGAGAGAGUACCAUGUAGUAAUACUCCUCUCUUUUUAAAAUAAACAAACCAAAAGUACUACGAAUUUAGAUAAAGUACUAUAAAUUUAGAUGAGCAAUAAUACUAGGAUAUGUCAUAGUAAAGAGAGUACCAUGUAGUAUAGUCCUCUCGUCUUAAAAUAAACAAAAGCAAGACUACUAUGAAUUAAGAUAAGCAACAGUAUUAGGAAAUGCCAUGUCACAUAUUAUUUUCAUUUAUAUUUUGGAACAGUGGGAGUAAAGCUUGAUUGAUUUAUGUAAGUACGACUUGUUUGUAAAAGCAUGGGUGGCUCGCCGAAGUCCUCGCCGCCGGCGAAGUCCGCAAUUGAUGGCAAUUUGAGGGGAAAAUCCACGGACCUGCACCCAGCAGCACACACUUGGAUCGUCUUAGCCAUCAGUGCACCGGUGUCUCUCACACUCGCGCUUACUUCGAUGAGCGCCGCCGCCGCAGCAAGGGAUGGGGGCCUCGCCGCGGCCACCUCCCGGAUCGCCUCCCACGGCCGGGCCGGCGACGCCGCCGCGGCGCGGGCCGUGUUCGACGCGAUGCCCCGCCGCGACGCCGUCGCGUGGAACGCCAUGCUCACCGCCUACGCACGCGCCGCGCGGCCGCGGGCCGCGCUCGCGCUCUUCGCCCGCAUGCGCGCGCCGGACGCGUUCUCGCUCACCGCCGCGCUCGCCGCGGCCGCCGCGCUCCGGUCGCCGGCCGCCGGCGCGCAGCUCCACGGCCGCCUCCUCCGCCUCGGACUGCGCGCCCCGCUCCCCGUCGGCAACGCGCUCGUCUCCAUGUAUGCCAAGUGCGCCCGCGCCGCCGACGCCGCUCGCGCCUUCCGGGAGAUGCCGGAGCGCAAUGCGCUGUCCUGGUGCUCGCUCCUGCAUGCCUUUGUGGUCUCAGGCCACAUGGAGCUUGCCCACGAGUUGUUCGACGAAAUGCCCAGCAAAAGCAAUGUCGCAUGGAACACGCUGCUCAUGGGGCAUUCUCGCAGCGGCAAUGCCAAACAAUGCCUUGCUCUGUUCAACCAGAUGUGGAUGUCAGGACUGACUUGCGAUGAUGCGACGCUCUGCAUUCUUGUUGAUGCUUGUGCGGAGCUGCCCGACCCGUCUACUGGCUUUGCAAUCCACAAGGUUGUAGUGCAAAGUGGCUGGAAUGGCAUCCCCGAGGUCAAUAACUCACUCAUUUCCUUCUACACUAAGUUCAGCUUGCUAGAUUGUGCUGUGCAGAUCUUCGAGUCCAUGAAGACUCGAACCACUGCUUCGUGGAAUUCACUGAUUGAUGCGCACGCAAGGUUUGGCUACAUUGAGCAAGCUGCUUUACUCUUUGAAAGUGCACCCGAGACCAACAUCAUCUCAUGGACUGCAAUGAUCGGAGGUUUUGCGAGGAACAGUUUAACAAGUGAGGCCCUUGCGCACUUUGUGAAGAUGUUGACGCAGGAGUAUAUCCAACCUGAUGACUUCACAUUUGGGGCUGUGCUUCAUGCUUGCGCAUCUGCGCCAUGUCUGGCCAGUGGAAGGAUGGUUCACAGUUGUGCAUUCCAAGGUGGAUUUGCAUCCUACUUGUAUGUGGCCAACAACUUGGUGGACAUGUAUGCCAAGUGUGGAGACGUCGAGGGUGCAAACAAUGUAUUUGAUGCCAUCCAUCAGAAGGACUUGGUCUCAUGGAACACCAUGCUGUUCGGAUUCGCUAUAAACGGGUUGCCAAAGGAAGCAUUGGAAGUGUAUGAAAUCAUGACAUACCACAAUGUUUCCCCAGAUGAGGUUACAUUCACCGGCUUGCUCACUGCUUGCAGCCAUUCUGGUCUUCUGGAGCAAGGGAGAGCCUUCUUUGAGUCAAUGAUGUCUGUCCAUGGAGUUCAACCAAAACCAGAGCAUCUAUCUUGUGUCCUUGACAUGUAUGCAAGAUCAGGUAACAUUGCAAAGGCCAUUGAGAUGAUGGAGCAAUACCCAGAAAUUGUCAAGUCUCCUGGCAGCGGCCUAUCUGAGGCUUUGCUUAGCUUCUGUUCAUCAGAGAACCUGGAUUUCUGGGUUGGAAGGAAGGUAGGAGACGAUGUGGUGGCGAGGGCGCCUGCGAGAGACACGGGCUAUGUCAUGCUCUCCAACUUGCUCUGUGCGAGUGGGCGAUGGGAUGAGGCUGAGAGGGUGAGGAGAGCCAUGGCUGAGCAAGGUAUCAAGAAGUCUCCUGGUUGUAGUUGGAUCGAAGUGAAAGGAAAAGUUAAGGUAUUUGUAUCAAGUGAGCAAGCAAUUGAUCUAACAGAUACUGUGUAUGGUUUAAUUUACUUAUUGGAUUAUGAAAUGAGAAAUAGCAUGCUGCUGUGUGAUGUCUAAUCUUGUCUCCUUCCAUCCAUUUAUAUAGCGUUUAUUUAUUAAUUUAUUUAUUUGCUAUUGGAAACCUUUGCAAAUCAUUUUUAGGACAUAAGAGAAUUCCCAUUAUGCAGAUGAAUUUAAGUAACUAAUUAAGUACGAAAUCUGGAAAAAAAAAUUGAGCUCUAACAGCAGACUCACCCUCUACCUGCGGCGAACACAGGACAAAUUUUUGGUGAGUGCUAAUAGAAUGAAGGUGGCAAACAUAACAUAAGAAGACUAAAUAUAAUACGUGUAAAUAUAUAUGAGUAUCUAUUUGUAAAAAAGAGGAAAAACUAAUCAUCUUUCAAUUAUCUAUCAAUUUUCUUCUAUGUAGCAAUUUUUUUUCUCUAAGCUGAAAAAUAUAUGGAAGGGUUU